AGAAAAUCCAUUUCCCGAGAAGGAAAAUAAAAUAAAGAAUAAAUCGGUCGACGCCAUAUCAACUGUUGGAUGUAAUCAAAUUGACGAUCUAACGACUCAUGUUGACUCUAAGAGUGAAAGGUGGAAACUUUUGCUUAAAAGUGAAAAUGACGCAAACAUACCACAGAAGUUUUAUAUAUUGCCGCUAACAAAAGAAGAAAAUAGUAGCUGUGAGCAACUGAGCAUAGUCUAGUACAAUCCAGAAGCUUGUACUUCUCCUUCACCCAUUCUCUUUCUUUUUCUAUGGCUGAAAAUAGUGGAAAAGGGCUCGGAAGAAACUCAGGAACCACUCGUGUUGCGCUCAAUGAAAGAAUUCUCUCCUCCAUGUCACGGAAAUCUGUUGCUGCUCAUCCGUGGCAUGACUUAGAGAUCGGGCCAGGUGCACCCGCAAUCUUCAACUGUGUGGUUGAAAUACCCAAAGGCAGCAAAGUGAAGUAUGAGCUUGACAAAGCAAGUGGCCUUAUAAAGGUUGACCGCAUACUGUACUCAUCAGUUGUUUAUCCACACAACUAUGGUUUCAUCCCAAGAACCCUUUGUGAAGACAGUGAUCCAAUGGAUGUCCUAGUGCUGAUGCAGGAACCUGUGUUACCUAGUACCUUUCUUCGUGCUCGUGCAAUUGGAUUGAUGCCUAUGAUUGAUCAGGGUGAGAAAGAUGAUAAGAUAAUAGCAGUGUGUGCAGAUGAUCCCGAGUUUCGCCACUACACAGACAUCAAGGAGCUUCCUCCUCAUCGUCUUGCUGAAAUCCGGCGCUUUUUUGAAGACUAUAAAAAGAAUGAGAACAAGUCAGUUGCUGUUGAGGACUUUCUUCCUGCUGAAGCUGCUGUUGAUGCCAUCAAGUAUUCCAUGGACCUGUAUGCUUCUUACAUUGUGGAAAGUUUGAGGCAGUGAUCUUGUUGAGGACUUGCUGUAGUCAAUAUUGGAAAUUUAAGAAGAGAAGCCGGUUAACUUGUUGAAGAUGGCUCUCCGAACUUCAUAUGCUUACUUUAGUUUUAAUGUGGUAUUAUGGGAUAUUUGAGAUAUAUGUAGAACUUCUAAUUUUCAUGAACUCAAAAUAGUUUUUGGAAAAGAAGCAUUGGGAAAAAAUCACAGGUGAUGUGCGCUUGAUGGUGCUGUAGAAAUGAUGCUUGCCCAUCGUCUGUUAAGAUUCCAAUAUAUUGGACAAUAUUAGCUAUCUUGUUUUGAUU